GGAGAGAGAGGGAGUGAGGUGAGAGGUUAGAUUCUUGACUUGCCUGCACUCAGAUAAGAGAAAACUGAGAUCUGCCAGCAUCCAUACAUUACAGACAUUACAGAAAGGGAGGUGUCAGCUGGUGUUCUGAGCUUGGUUAGGAGGCUGAAAGUCGACUCUAUUGAGAGGAUAGUGUUAGCAGUAUAACAGUGUGGAGUGGUCCACAGCCAUGGAACAAGAGAAACUAGCCGUGUACCACGGAGCCAUCAGCAGAGAGGAGGGGGAGAUGAGGCUGUGGACAGCAGGACAGGACGGCAGCUACCUGAUACGCAACAGUGAGAGUCUAGCUGGGCUCUACUGCCUCUGUGUGCUGUAUAAAGGCUAUGUGUACACAUAUAGGCUGUCCCUGGAUGGUGGAGGCUCCUGGACAGCAGAGACUACUCCCGGCGUGGAGAAACGAUACUUUCGGAAAAUGAAGAACUUGAUAACAGCUUUCCAAAAACCAGGCCAAGGCAUUGCUACACCUCUCCUCUACCCCGUAACCAUGCAGAGUCACAUGCACCCUGUCACCACAGAGAAUCAUACACACCCUGGCAACAUGAAAGCACACCCAACUCACACCACUGAGAAUCAUUACCAACAGUAGACAACAGCUUAGAAACACAGAGGGAGACAGACUACGCUAGAGACAGACAUUCUUGAUGUGGGCCUGUAUUCUUAUGUUGUUAUUGUGCUAGUCAUUCAUUUGAAAAUAGCGUUUGGUUUCAGUAUCAAAACUUCAAUGUGAUCCUUUAAAUCUCUUUACAUCUGUAGUAUUGAUGUUCUAUAUUGCUGUUUAAAAUGUGUUUGUAAGACAGUAUUGUUGCUAUAUUUGAUUACAACUCAACCACAUAGUUUCCUGUCAGCCGAUAAAUAAUAUGCUUUGUUUUUAAAGUAAAAUCAUUUCUAACUGACAAAUGAAAAUUUGCUACAAAUGCUAAUAAAUAAAUGCCAUUGGUGAAAAUG